AUGGACUCGGACCCCGGUUUUUACUCGGGUUUCUUCCUCGGGCUUCUUCCUGACAAACCAAAUGGGAAUAACUUGAUAAAAGUCGCCUGUUUUGAAGUGGGAAGCGAUUUUCGACGGGUUUUGGACCUGGAAACGGCUGACGAGUGCAAAUUCGCAUAUGGAGAGAUGAUUCACUUCAAACAACUAACCGAUCGUCUCGCACCGAAAUCGUUGGUUAAAUUGAUAAAACCGAAUAUCCAAAUGUAUCAUCACGAUAAAAGUAUCACUGAUGAGGCUGUGCACACGAUCAAAGAGCUCCACGUCGGCGCCGCCAAUCUCCCCGCGUCUGGAAAUUUCAUCCAUCCGGAUUUCGGUGAAAUGAUCGACACGACGUCGGUAAUGUCCGUCGGAUCGUACGUUUUCAUCACUUUCCGCGUCGUUUUGCAUGAUAGAGACGAUUCGUUUGAUCUGGAAAUUCUGGGAGGUCAAAAAAUGGAUGAAAAUGCGAAAAAUGGAUUGGGAAACGAUAAAACUGAAGAGUUUUUGAAUAAUAUUCAUGAAGUGAUUGCCAUUGAGCAAGUUCAGAAUAGAGAAACAGAAACCGCCAUCUGGCAGUCCAUUGGAAUGUUGGUUCUGAAAGGAUACAACGAUAAAGAAGUGACGUCAGGACUCCGCCCAGUUAUGGAAUUGAUCGACAAAUCGAAACUUCCGUUAUUCUUGAAACGAAAAGAGACGGCUCCGAUUGCAAUGAUAAAACAGAAGGAAAUGGGUGGAUACUGGGUGGAUGAUGACGAUGAGAAACGAGGAGCACCACAAUACGGAUCACUUUUCCCCAGAAUCAAAGAGGAUACGACGAAAAAGAAGAGACCUACGGGAAGACCACAAAAAGCGAAAGAAAAUGUUGAUGAUCAAUGCAUCAUUGGACUGAAACGCGAAUGCCGUCAUCAAUUCGAGACGAUUUUCAAAAUAGGCGACGUCUUUCGUUUCGAAUCAAGCCCAACCCUCAACAAUUACUCAUUCUGGAUCAACAAAAAGCACCGCCAAAAUGAAAUCUAUCGGUAUACGGUAGAAGAACAGAAACCGAAAGGUUUGGAGAUUCAGACAGUGAUUGAAUCACAUCAUUCGACGGAUCCGGAGGAUUUCAAACUGAAAGCGGACACGGAUUUUAAGGACGACGGCACACCCCGUGGGGAUCUCAACGAAAAGCAAUUCGCCGCCAUUCGAAUGGCACUGAAUCCGAAUCGUCUUCUCGUUUGUAUUCAAGGACCACCGGGAACCGGCAAAUCGCAUGUCUUAUCGAUUUUUCUCUUUAAAUUAUUGAAAGACGGAAAACAGGCGGUCGUCUUGACGCCGACGAAGGAGGCGUUGAAGAAUCUGAAGACGAUGACGUUGAAAAUGGUUAAGCAGAGAUGUAUGAAGUUGCAUCCGCAUGCACUAAUGGACGUUUCUCUAUUCAAAGAGAUUCUCAACACCAGUGAUGCUGCUGAUGCAGCAAUUAAGACGAUUCGUCAAUGGCGUGAAAUGUUCAAAAACGGAGAAAUGGAUCAAGAGAUGCUUGACGAGAAGAGAAACGGACUCACCAAAGAUCUCAGACAACAGACACUCGACUUGAUAAUGCAAAAUCUGCGUAUCGUGUUCGCCACAAUGGAAUCGACAUUCACAUUACAAAUUCUGCGAAGUAAUCAUUUCAAUCCGGAAGUGUGUGUCAUCGACGAGGCCGCCCAAGUCAUGGAGACAGCCACGUGGCCGGCGGUCAACCAAAUGAAACGAAUCGUGAUGGCCGGUGAUCCGAAACAAUUGCCGGCACUUGUCAAGACUGAAGAAGCGAAAGCUCGUCAAUUAGAGCGUUCGGUAAUGGAGAGAAUCAUCGAGAAGAAAGAUCAAUACAGUUGGAUUAUGCUCGAAGAGCAAUAUCGCUCUCAUCGGGAUAUCACCGAUUGGUCGAAUGGAUGUUUCUACGAUUGUAAACUCACGAAUUGUACCGAUAUGAACAAUACAUUGCACACAUCCCUCGACCCGAAACCAUCCAAAACGUACUCGAAACUGUUCAAUCCGUUGGUUUUCAUUGAUACGUGUCUCGAGACGGACCCUACCACACGUAUCCGAUACUACGAGAGAUCAGUGGUAUCGAACACGACGACGGAACCGAAUAACACGUAUUGCAAUCAUGGGGAGGCGGAGCUUGUCAUGAAACACUACGAACGGCUUCUCUCCAUGUCCAUCCCACCACAGAAUAUCGCCAUUAUCACGCCGUAUAAGGGACAGAUCGACGUGUUGACUGCUAAGAUGAAUGAAUUCGUCGCCAAAAAUGAGGCGUUCGAUCCGUCGAAUUUGACGACAAUCGGAACGAUCGAUAGUGUUCAGGGACAAGAAUACGAUUGUGUCAUAUUCUCGAUGGUGAGAAGCAAUCCGAAGACCACAAUCGGUUUCAUCGCUGAAGUCCGCCGUCUGAAUGUCGUCGUCACUCGAGCCAAACGUCAUUUCAUUUUCAUUGGAAACGGAUAUAUGCUCCAUAGUAGUCAUAAACCAGAGAUUCGCAAAUUCUUCGAAAUAAUCCAGUACAAAGAGCAACGAUUCCACCCGAAUUUGGUGUGUGGUAUCCCGGCGCCCGGUUUGGUGACUCGAGAAGUGAAAAAUAACUUUGGACAAAACUUUCAACCGUUUAUCGACAAUUCGAAUGACCCUCGAAUGAUUGAAUGGUGUCAAGAAUUCAUUGAGAAUAGUCGAAAACCGGAUUUCGUUCAACGAAGAAGAGAUCGAGCCGAGCAAAGACAAGAGGAAGCUCGAAUUCGAGCACAAAUGGACUUUGAAGCGAGAGAAUUGAAAAGAAAGUGCAAUGUGAGCAACGGUCAGGACCCGCCAGCUCCGAUUCCAUAA